CUGAAAUAUGCAGGGUUGAUCAGCCAUAUUUUGGUAAUGUUUAUUUUCGGCGGAGUUGUUGAUAACAAAUUUGGAGUACAAGCUGAACAUGGAGAUCUUGGCACAGUAUCGUUUCACUUGCGUAGGAAAACAAAAAUGCAUGGACACACUCAUAAACAUUCAAGAUACCACAACAGAAGUCAUUUCCAAAGCAGUUUUGGUCGGAGUAAAGAUGGCUACUCGUUGAGAAGUACAUCGUAUGCAUAUGUAAUAGAAAUGAAUAUUGGUACUCCUCCUCAAAAGCUUGAAUUUCUGAUAGACACUGGGUCAGCAAAUAUGGCAAUAGCAGGUCCACAGUGCAAAGAUCAACAUGGAAGCAAAUGCAAGAUUGAUAAUUAUUAUUAUCCCUCAAAGUCAUCCACAGCUGCUCCUUUAAAUAAACCAGUAGAGACAGAGUAUGGGAAAGGUGCAUGGUCAGGAGUCGUUUUUAGAGAUGUGAUAUCAUUUCCAGGAGGUUUGCAUUUGUUUUCUUCAUAUAAUAUGAAUGUUUAAUGUAAUUUAAUAAUUAAUGUUAGUUUUGACUAUGUGACAUAAUGAAACUGCCUCAUUCAAUGCAAUUUGUAAAAUCCCAUCGCCAGGUAUGAUAUUUCCUCUCCAUAUAUAUUUUGUUGGUCCAACCAAAAAAAUUAUCUCUUGCUUAGCCAUGAAUUACAACUUAUAAAAUAUUGCAAAGUUAAGGUGUUAUAACUUGCAUCUACUAAAGUGGUGUUGUGGCCCGGUUCGAGUGCAAAUCAAUUAGCUUCAAGUAAUAAACAAACAAAACUCGACAUAGUUUUCCAACGCAAAUCUUUAUAAAAACCAAAUACUCUCUACAACUUCUCGACAUGAUUCAAACUGUUUCUCUCACUAACUAACUAAAAGUCCUCUGUCCGGGGGUAAGUCAGUUUUUGUAAUAUGGUGUAAUAAGCAGGCCUGGCCGUUUGAGGCGAGCGAUAGCUCGCGCUCGCCUCCACGCUCCCCUCGCAACCUGAGGCGAGCUAUGAAUUGCUCUCCUAAACAGAACAUGAAGGAAGAAUCGCUCCCCUAAAAUUUCCUAUUCAGAGAAUUAUGAAAACGCACAAGGGUUAAUUGGUUUAUUUUUGUAACAGCGAUUUCUCCCGUCAUUGCAUUUUUUGCAAUUAACUUUUUGCUUGUUGGGCGGUUUUUGUUAUGAUAGGCAUAAACUUCGA